AUGCUACCUCGCAACUCAAAAACGCGAGCUUAUGAUUUCUUCAGGAGCAUGGAAUGCAGUGUACAAAUCUCUAAAACGCCAUUUCCGGCGAAAUCAGCGCUACUGUUCCUUACAGUUCUGACCUUAGCUUCCACCUCUCUAGCAAGCAAGAACUCUUCCAUAAUAUCAUGCGCAAAAGGAAUCGUUUAUAUACCGCCGAUGAACGGCUGGUUUGAGGUUUGCAUCGGCACCGAAUGCCAACCGUUAAACAACACAACCCGACCAACCAAGUACAUCUUACCAAUCUUGCCUACCGAGCAGGGAAGUGAACUAGUACACGAACAAUCGAAAAUAUGUGAUAGGCCAAAAUUUUGUGACCAUCAGUAUUUCUUGUCAAAAAGCCUACUGGGAAAUCCACAUUGUUGGCCAGUCGGAGCCAUAGCCACAUCGGCUAUCCUGAUUUAUUUGAUCAUUGCCGCCCUUAUGGGGAUUGCGUGGGCAAUAGUCAAAAUCAAAAGAAAGGCUGAAUCGAGCACCCCAAAACUCGACAAGAAGGUGGAACGCAGUGAACCAUCUGCCCCAACUUGCAGCUUUGAAUUAGCACCACUACCAUGCUCAACACUCAUGGUGGUGUGCGCAAUAUUUCUUAUGAUGUCGCCCAUUAAUGCGUGCCAACACGGAGUUAUGCGACACUCCGCUGAACAAGUAUGCAAUGAACUAAAUCACUGCCAUCUUGAAUACAGCAGGGAGCUGCUGUUUAACAAGCUACAAUCCGAGCUCUGCAUAGAAAUAGUGCACUCGAAUAAGACGAUAGGAGUAGCAAAAAUCACUAAGAAAACGGUGAAUUUCAAGUGCACCAAAAAUAUCGAAUUUUUCACAAGGCCUACAAAAUUGCAAAUCUAUCAGGUGAAAAGAUGCGCCCUAGCGGGAUCAUGCACCACUGAGAAGUGCGAAACUAUAAGCCCAAACGAAACCAUUUCGGAACUCAAACGGGUAGCGAAGUAUCCUGGAUAUAUCCGGGUGCUUGAACAGCUGUGGCGGAAUACUGUGCGGAUGUGGUCUGUCACUACCAGCCUGCUGCGAGUCUUUGAAAUUAUUCAAUGUCCCCACUGGACUCCCACAAUCACGCUCGAAAUUGAAAUUACACUAUCAAAUAACACACAGAAAACUGUGCAUUCUCGCUCACACCAUACA